GGUUAGUUUUGAGAUUUCAAAACGUCAAAAUAUGCCAAUGUUCAAGUUCAAUUUUUUUUUUUAAAUGCCUGUUGAUGUUGAUCCCUUAGUAACCUUUGGACUGGACUUACUAUUUAAAAUUUUAUCAAAUAUCGUUGUUUUACGUACAGAAACCACUUAGUAUUUUAUAGUUAAUUAUUCAGAAUGGCCGCUCUACAACGUUUAACAGGAAGAAUUGCAGUUGUCACAGCUUCCACUGAUGGUAUUGGUUUUGCCAUUGCUCAAAGACUAGCUCAAGAAGGAGCUAAAGUUAUUAUAAGCAGUAGGAAGGAAAAGAAUGUAGAAAAAGCCACGGCAGCACUCAAGAAUGAAGGACUUGAUGUCACUGGUCUAGUGUGCCAUGUAUCAAAACCUAGUGAUAGGAGAAGAUUAUUUGAGGAAGCAAAAAAAGUUGGAGGUCUUGAUAUUUUGGUGUCGAAUGCUGCAAUUAGUCCCGCCGUAGGGGGUGUUCUGGACUGUACAGAAGAACACUGGGACAAAUUAUUUGAUGUGAAUGUUAAGUCUUCUUUUCUUUUGGCUCAAGAAGCUCUGCCACUCUUGAGAAACAGUAAGGCAGGGAGAAUAGUUUUUAUAUCUUCAAUUGCUGGUCUUCAACCUUCCGAGUUUUUGGGAGCCUAUUCUGUAACUAAAACAGCCUUACUGGGACUUACCAAGGCUGCAGCUGUACACUUAGCUAGGGAGAACAUAACUGUCAAUUCAGUGUGUCCUGGUUUGAUAGAGACAAAGUUUUCUGAGGCCAUAACAAAAGAUGAAGAGGCAGCUAAGAUGGCUGUGCCAGCAAUACCAAUGAAUAGAUUUGGUCAACCAAAAGAAAUAUCUGGUAUAGUGGCUUACUUAGCAUCUGAUGAUGCAUCCUAUGUAACUGGGGAGAACUAUGUGAUAGCAGGAGGAAUGGCAUCGCGAUUAUAAUUUCUAAAGAAGAAAAUUUACAUGUACACUAUUGUGUGUGUUCGGGGAAUAAUAUAUCCCAAGGGAACUGGGAACAGGGAUAAGAUUUGUUAUACAGAAGAUAAAUGUUUUUAUUAAAUUUUAUUCUUUGUUUA